GUGGUCCAGUGAUCGACGCAGGAGAGAGAAUCUGCAGCAGCGGAACAAAGAAGAAGAGAAAGAAAAAGGUUGAAACAUGAAGAAGUCAAGCAGCCAAUACGAGUCCUUCCUCUUCUGGAGGCAGCCAAUCCCAGCCCUCGAUCUGUCCCAGCUGGAGGAUCCAGGUGUGACUGACGGCCAGUCGACCAAUGGCAGGACAGGAAAAGACAAGCCGUCCAAACUGAGGCGUCAGGAGGAGGAGACCAAGCUGCAGGAGUUUUCCUCCUUUAACUACUGGAGAUCUCCGGUCGCUGAGGUGGACGCUCUGCUCGCCGACCUCAACCUGCUGCUGUGAGGGCGGCCUCAUCUGACCUCUGACCCCUGACCUCUGACCCCAGACUACAUGUCCAAAGACCACCUCUCACCAACCUCACUUCAUCUGUGACUCCGGAUCCUGGAUUAGUCUCUUGCUCCAGCUUGAAGUUUUUCUUUAGAAGCAUUUACAGAACAUUUGUGUUUAUUAAUGAAUUCGUGAGAAAAUUGAAAUCAGAGUCGGCAGACACUGGUCCUGGUCCUGGUUCAGAUUCACGUUCUGGUCCUGGUUCAGAUUCACGUUCUGGUCCUGGUUCAGAUUCACGUUCUGGUCCUGGUUCAGAUU